UCGAAAGAUACAUACUAUAUUACCACUAUCACAUAUUUUUUCGAAAAGCGAUUUGGUUGUGUUGUUAGUCGUUUUGUGUGAAAUUAAACAGGUUUAUAUACAUUUUAUAUUGGAACAGUAUUUUUCUUUGAUUAUAUACCUAUCACUAUGAUACGUUACGUGAUUGCCUUGUUUUUGAUAAAUACGUAUUCGCAAAUCUCAGGAGCUCCUGCAGAUCAGCUACCGACUGUAUCUAAUAGAAUAACGCUUCUAUUUAAUGACCUAGCUAAAAACUGUGCUCAUCCUUUCAUAAAGUCUCAAAUAGAAAACGUACUUCCUUAUUGUUCUGCAGUUGGUAUAGACGUAGACCAAAAAAGACUAUUUCAGUGCAUAUCUUUUUAUGAUAUAAACAACCAACUUUGCUCUGCUGUCAACAAUUCAUUCGAAGAUUUUUCUGCUCAAGUAAAAAAUGUGGUAAAAGUAGAGGAUUUGUGUGACUCAGCUAAAGAAUGGAAAUUCACUCAGAAUAAUAUAAACGUAGAUUUAACGAAAGUUUUUCAUGACAUUGUAAUGUGUGAAAAGUUUUGUGUAGUUGAGGAUCUCUUUAGUACUGAUUCUAUUUUCUUUUGUAAAUAUUUUUAUUUGGGCUGGCAGAAAUUGCAUCCUCAAGUAAAACCAACACUUCAGACUGCUCCAAUAAUUUCUUCCUCUGGCGCAAUUGCACAAAAUGUACAAACAGGUCAGAUUAGUAUGGCAAGCAAGACCCCUGAAUUAAAUAGUAAUAUUCAGCCUCCCAUUCUUAAUGCGAAUGAAAUAUCAGACCAAAGUGACUUGAAAGAUAUAGAAAUACCAACAAAACCAAGUUCACCUAAACCUGUUACUAAUACAACUCUAACUGGUGAAUCUGCUUCCAUGCAUAUAGACUCUGCUCCUAGUCAGGGUGAUACUGUUAAUGAAAAUCCGAAUGUGAAUGCAGAUAAUGUAAGCUUACUAAGUAAGACUACCACUAAUCCAAAAAAUAAUGUGACAAUUGAAAUUCAACCUGCCAAAGUUGAUAUAGGAAAUUCAAAAUUGGCUGAAGAAACUGGGGAAGAAAAUUUAGAAGUUGGUAAUGACCCUGAUGGAGAUGAUGAAGAAAAUGAUGAUGGUGAUGUAGUUGAAAAUCCUAUCAGUAACACAAAAGAUAUUCGCUUUGGGGCAGAUUUCUCACAAAAAGAGUUUUACUCUCCCGAUUUAACUCCCGAGGAUGACCACUUCUUUCCCUUUUUCUUGACUGCAAUAAUCCUAGUGAUCGUGCUGUAUAUUCUGUACCACAACAAAGGCAAAGUCACGAAAGUUUUCCUUGGGCUUAUAGUGGAAGGCCGACAAAAUGGACGACGUCGCAACAGCAGGGGUCACGCAUAUCGACGACUCGACACACUCGAACAAGCCAUGAGCGGAAACUUAGCUGCACAACCAAGCAAAAUUAUAUACUGAAAUUAAAAAUACAUAUGUAAUAGGUAAAGAAAUCUCUAACUUGCUUGUGGUAUUGACAAGGGACUUGGGCGUGAUAUCACAGAAGUGAACAAUCAAUAACAACGCUACAUUUUUUUGAUGAAACGUAAUGCGAUUGGUCAAUUUACGUCAUUACGUCAACGUCAGCGCUCGUUUCUGUGAGAACGAAUUAAGUUAUUUGACUGUUUUAUAUUCCUUAUUAUUUUCUUGUAAAUAUAACUGCGAUGUUAGUUUAUUUAAAGAAUCGUCAAAAGCUAUUAAAUCGAAGAAUUAGUGAUGUAGGAAUCAUCGCCUUUAUAGAGAAUACUUGGCAGCCACUCAAUGACAUACUAGCUUGCCCAAACAAAAUUCGUAUGUACGUACCUAGCUCAUAAGAAGUGCAUCGCUUGUUAUUAUAGGUUGUUAGAUGUUAUUGUACCUGUAAUAUAUAUAU